AUGGCAUCUAUCUACAAAACUGUUCGUGCUGCUAUUAAUUCCCAGAUAAAAACAAAAAUUGAUAUGUUUCGCUGGGUUCCCAGUGGCGAUGAAUUGGGAUCGCGCUUUCGUAGCAGCAGUUGCUCUGGUGGUGGUGACAAAGGCGAUAAGCAGCCCGUACUAGGUCCCAGUUCUGGGGACAGCAGUAAUCCCGGUGCUCCCACUAUGUAUGAUUCUCGCAAGUUGGGUCACAAGCUGUCCACUAACGAUGUGUGCCCCAACUUUGAGACUUUGCCAAACAUUCCCACUGGAGUCUUUCGAAACACAUCAGGAGAGGUCCUCGGCCGAGACGCUGGCAAAUGCUUGUACUAUCAAAAUCCGGAAUAUUUUUCUUUCCACCACAUGAGCUUUUAUGAUUUAAACAUCGCUUUAAGAAAAUACCGAAGACCUUCUCCAAAAAGUGGCAGGAAACCCAUUUGA